AUGGCGGCACCCGAUCCCGCGGCCGUCUCGGCCGACUGCAUCAUUGUCGGUGCCGGCUUCUCCGGCUGCUACGCGCUGCACAUGCUACGCCAACAAGGUUACUCGGCCAAGCUCAUAGACGCCGGCUCCGACUUUGGCGGCGUCUGGAACGCGCAACGGUACCCCGGCGCCCUCGUCGACUCGCCGACGCCGCUCUACCAGCUGAGCGUGCCCGCCGUCUGGCGGGGCUUCCGGUUCGGGCGCCGCUUUUCCGACCAGAUCGAGAUGCAGGCGUACUUUCAGCACGUGGCCAAGGUGCUGGACCUGCGUCGCGACGCCCUGUUUGGGCAUGUCGUUGUGGACGCGCGGUACGACGCCGGCGCCGGACUGUGGCGACUCCGCUCGGAUAAGGGCCUGCGGGCCACGGGCCGCUACGUCUUUUUCGCCACGGGCACGACAAAUAAGCCGUACAUUCCCAACUUUGCCGGUCUGGAGAUGUUCAAGGGCCAGGUGGUGCACACGCACGACUGGCCUGAUGACUUGUUCUUGGGCGAGAAGCGGCGCAUCGCGCUCAUUGGGCAGGGAUCGACCGGCACGCAGGUGGCACAGGAAAUUGCGCAGCUCGACGCAGUCGUCACCGUCUUUGUGCGCACGCCCAACAUUGCCUACCCGCUGCGCCAAGCGGACCUGGGCACUGGCGAGGCGGAGCGGGACAAGGCCCGGUACGGCGCGCAUUUCGCAGAGGCCAAGCAGGCGGGCUGGUCCUCGUGCCUGAUCAACACGCCGAAACGCCCGUUUCACGAGGACACGCCGGCGCAGCACCGCGCCGUGUGGGAGGCGGGGUGGCGGAACGGCGCCUUUGGCAUCGUCCUCGAGAACUAUCCCGAAAUCACCACGGACAAGGUCGCCAACGCCGCGUUUUACGAGUUUUGGAAGGAAAAGACGCGCCCGCGGAUCAAGAACCCGGAAAAGCAGAAAUUCCUAGUUCCCGAGACGCAGCCAGUGUGGUUCAUGGCGCGUCGGCCGGUCCUGGAAGACGGCUACUACGAGCUGAUGGACCGCGACAACGUGCGGCUGGUGGAUCUGAAAAAGUCGCCCAUCACGGAAUUCUACGAGCACGGCAUCGUGACCGAGGAAGCCGGCGAGCGGACGCUCCACGAGUUCGACCUCGUCAUCCUCGCGACCGGCUACGACGCCGUCACGGGCAGCCUGCACGCCAUGGGCAUCCGCGACCGCCACGGGGCGCUGCUGCAGGACCGGUGGCGGCGCGGCGGCAUCCGCACGCACCUCGGGAUGAUGGUGCCGGGCCUGCCGAACGCGUUCCUGCUCUACGGCCCGCAGUCGCCGGGCCCGCUGACCAACGGGCCGACUUUUAUAGAGCUGCAGGUCGAGAUGCUGUGCGGGCUGCUGGCGCGGGCAGCGGCGGAGGGGCGGGCCGUGAUCGAGGCGACGGAGGCGGCGGCCGCGGUGUGGAAGGACAGGGUCGACGCCGAGUUCGAGGCCGCGCUGGCAAAGGAGGCCGACUCGUGGUGGGUGGGCGCAAACGUGCCGGGCAAGAGGCGCGAGCCGCUGGCGUGGUUUGGUGGCGUGCCGGCGUAUCGCGAGGCGUGCGAGAAGAGUCUGGCGAGCUGGGACGACUUUGAGCCGCCAAAGGAGCUUGCGAAGCUGUAG